AUGACUUUUGCAACCUGCCAGGCGCAGGACAAGUCCCACGACAAGGCCCAACACCAUGGCAUCAUGCUGCACACGCCAAUGACUUCUUGCAGAUCUGUCCCAAAAACUGUGACUUUCGAUGUUUUGCAAAGUUUGACCAACUCGUUGGCUGCGCAUUGUUUUGGCACCCAAUGGGUCCAACUCGCCGUCGCGACUACAAUGGAUGUUGCCAGGGAAAAGAGUCGAACACUGCAGGGAUGGGCAGAGCGCUGUUCAUCAUCGACAAUCCAGGAACCACGGCAAUUCGGAUGGGGUCUGAGAUUCGGCAUUUUCGAACUCGGCAAAUCGUGCUAUCUCAAAGUCGUGGGUCCAGGAAAACUCCUGGACUUCUACGAUCUUGACAAGAAGAAACUGGGUGAGGGGUCCUAUGGCUAUGUCUGCAAGGGCAAGAACAAGGCCACAAAUGCCAUCCGAGCAGUGAAAACAAUUGCCAAGGGCAAGAUGAAAAACAUUGAGCGCUUCAAGCAAGAAAUCGCCAUUAUGAAGAUGAUGGACCAUCCGAACAUCAUCAAGCUGUAUGAAAGCUUUGAGGAUUUGAGGAACAUCUACCUGGUCAUGGAGCUUUGCUCAGGGGGUGAGCUCUUCGACCGCAUCAUCGAUGCUGGCAGCUUCACAGAGGUGGGCUAUAUGAUUCUGGUUGGUUGGUUGGUUGGUUGGUUGGUUGGUUGGUUGGUUUGGAACAUUUUUUAUUUUCUAUAA